GCUGCUAUCUGACGUCUGGCCCACUCGAGUGUACAACAACAGAUAAAGAGGGGAUAUAUAGCCUCUUGAGUCGUCUUUUUAGGCAUUUAUUUAUUUUUUAUUUUUCUGAUAUUUUUCAAUCCAAUAGAUUUGUUGUUUGCUUGAUAUUCUUCACAGAUUCCUGGAAAUAAACAAGUAUUUCACAAGUGCAAUUCCUCUGAGGGAACAAGUUGUAGGUCACAAUUUUGACUGAGAUUUGGAUUGGUAAAUUGAACUUUGGAAGAGAUACAAUGGGGCGUACAUGUGAUUAUUGUGGGGAGCAAAGGUCAAUGGUGUAUUGUCGGUCUGAUCUUGCUUUUUUGUGCUUGUCCUGUGAUCGGAAUGUUCACUCUGCAAAUGCUCUUUCGAAGCGACAUUCUCGGACCCUUGUUUGUGAAAGAUGUAAUGUUCAACCUGCUUGUGUUAGAUGCAUUGAUGAAGGAGCCUCUCUCUGCCAGAAUUGUAAUUUGGUUGGACAUGAUGGGUCUGCGGCUUCUUCUUUUCAUAAGCAGCAAAGUAUAAGUUAUUAUUCUGGUUGCCCAUCUGCAGCAGAGCUCUCCAAAAUUUGGUCAUUCAUCUUGGAUCCUCUCCCUUCAUCAGACAAUUCUACUUGUCCAGAGGGAUUAGGUUUAUUGAGUAUUUCUGACAGCGGUGCGAAGAAUUGCGAGGAUCCUAUGGGUAAAGACGCUGGUCAAGAUACAAUGGUUGUGGGGGAUGGGAGUGAUCCCCAAUGUGUUGAUAAAACUAGUUUUUGGAGUGGACCUUCAUCUAUCCCUGAAUUUUUUUCACGUGAAUGUCCUGACCAAUUUGAAUGCGCAGAAUCCUCCAAGUUGUUUUAUCCCACCAAUAGAGUUCAAGGGAUCCAUGACGACCCAUUUGCAGACUUGGACAUGGAUGAAGUUGACAUAAAUCUUGAGAACUACGAUGAGCUAUUUGGUGUUACUCUUACUCAUUCUGAACAACUUCUUGAGAAUGGUGGAAUCAACAGCUUGUUUCGUAGACAAGGCAUGUCUACAACGGAUUCCGAUGACCAGGGUGGAUUCAGUGUUGAGGGGGCAUCUGCUGGAAUCAUGGUUCAAGUCCUGCCAGCAUGCAGCAACGCAGCAUCUGCUGACUCUAUGAUGAGUGUCAAAACUGAACCAAACCCUGGUUUUGCAGCAAAGCAAGCCCAUUCUAAUCUCUCAUUUUCUGGCCUUACUGGAGAUAGCAGUGGUGGGGACUAUCAGGACUGUGGAGCUUCUGCAGCGCUUUUACUUGGAGAGCCACCCUGGUUCCCUCCCUGUCCUGAUAGUUCCUUCCAAUCCACUAGUCGAACUGAAGCUGUUAUGCGAUACAAGGAGAAAAAGAAGGCCCGGAAGUUUGAGAAAAGAGUGAGAUAUGCAUCCCGGAAAGCCAGGGCUGAUGUUAGGAAGCGUGUGAAGGGCCGAUUUGUCAAAGCUGGUGAAGCUUAUGAUUAUGAUCCUCUGAAUACCAGGAGCUACUGAAGACUAAAUUCUUAGAUUUGAGUGUGUAAGCAACAUAAUCUUUGGUGUACAAAGUAUGUGGUUCACUGCAGCUUUUGGUUUCUGGCCUGUUAUUUUAUUGUACAUCUGGAACAUAUAUGAUGGUUAUGAAAUAGCCAUCAACAAUUCAACAUGAAGGGUGGCUCUGCCUUAGCAUCAGAUGGUUUGCACUCGGAGUAUUGAGUAUAGUCUCUGUCGUUGACAAUAUGCUCCCAUCAUUUUGAUUAGUCUUUCCAGAUUCUCCUGCUGGCAAAUUCUGGCACCUGAUACAUGCCAGGUAUUAAUGUAUAAUUGUCUGCUAGGAAAUCACAACUUCAUAUGGCUUCUUAUUCUCUUCUAUGUACGUCUGCCAUAGCUUUCUAUGGCGUCUUAUCACCAUUGUAUCACCAUUGUAUGUAGAACCGAAAGUCCUAUAAGGGGAACUGGUGAGCGUUCCUUUAUUUAUUUUUGCAGAGGAGUUGUAGGUGUUUGGGUAAUUUUCUCUGUAGAAUUUAUGUACAUUGCUUGUUUUUUUCGCGGAAGUAACCGUAGAGUUGCAAGUGUAAAUUGUAAUCUAUUGUAAUCAUAGGAUAUAUUUGGUUUUGCAAUAAUAAUAUUUUGGCAUUUCAGGUGUC